AUGGCGGCGUGGCGGCCGGGGGUGGGCGCGGCGCUGGGCGCGGCGCUGCUGGCGAGGCUGGGCCUGGUGCUGUACGGCCUGCACCAGGACGGGGCCAUGCGGGUGCGGUACACCGACGUCGACUACCGGGUCUUCACCGACGCGGCGCGGCUGGUGACCGAGGGGCGGUCGCCUUACCGACGGGCCACCUACCGCUACACCCCGCUCCUGGCCUGGCUCCUGACGCCCAACGUCUGCCUCGCCGAGGUCUUCGGGAAGCUGCUCUUCGUGGUGGGGGACUUGGCGGCUGCUGUCGUCGCCUACCGGGCCCUGCGGCGUCGAGGGGCUGCUGCCGGCCGGGCCUGCGGGUGCUGCGCCGCCGCCUGGCUCCUCAACCCUCUGCCCAUGGCCGUCUCCAGCCGGGGCAACGCAGAGGCCCUGGUUGCGCUGCUGGUGCUUGCCACCCUGUACUUCGUGGAGGCGGGGAGCGUAGGGAAGGCCGCAGUCUGCUAUGGGCUGGCUGUGCACAUGAAAAUAUACCCGCUGACCUACGCGCUGCCCAUAGCGCUCCACCUGCAGAGCAAACGGUGCACCAGGGAAGGGGCAGUGGAUACGGGGUGUGACAAAAAAGCAAAGUUUACAUUCACAGUGUACCUCUGGCAGCUUUUGGUAAAGAUGCUGAACCGUGAUGUGCUGCUUUUUGGAACUGUUGCUGGAUCUGUGCUGGCUGCCUUGACUGUUGCAUUUUAUCACCUCUACGGCUGGGAGUUUUUGGAGCAUGCCUACCUCUACCACCUGACCAGGAGAGAUAUCCGUCAUAACUUCUCUCCCUAUUUCUACAUGUUGUACUUAACUGCAGAGAGCAAAUGGAGUUUUGCCCUUGGGCUUGCAGCUUUCCUGCCCCAGCUGCUUUUGCUCCUGGUUGUGUCCAUAGCAUUUUACAGAGACCUUGCCUUCUGUUGUUUCCUACAUACCACUAUUUUUGUGAGUUUUAACAAAGUGUGUACGUCCCAGUACUUUGUCUGGUAUCUCUGCCUUUUGCCCCUCAUAAUGCCUAGUGUUAAGAUGUCCUGGCGUCGUGGUGUGCUGCUUCUCUUUUUGUGGUUUGUUGGACAAGGCCUAUGGCUUGCUCCUGCGUACUUUCUGGAGUUCAAAGGAUAUAACACUUUUUUACUUAUAUGGUUGGCAGGCUUGCUUUUCCUUUUUAUUAAUAGCCUCAUAAUUGUUCAGAUUAUUUCACAUUACCAAAAAGAAGCACAAGUUGCAAAAAAACUCAAACAACGGUAAUAAACAGGCCAAAAUCCAGAAACAGCACUACUGUCCUUGAUAAGGCUUUUCAUACCACCACCAGCACUUUGUUUAAUAUAAAUGCAUUUACAUUGUACUAAAGCAUGUUGUAUGUAAAUGAUAUUGUUUCAGGGCCAUGAGGGCACUGAUUGGCCUUAGUUGCCCUGAGCAGCCCCAGUCCUGCCUUGAGCAGUGUCUGCAGGUGUAUGUGUCUCCUGUGUGGACCUUGAAACUGCGUUGUAACCUUCUCUCCAGCACUGUCUCCAGCCCUGUCUCCUGCUGCUCCUGAGUGGACUCCCUGGAAGGACCCUGGACCAGUUCAUCGCUUACCACGUCUGGGGCUGUGGGUGGACUUUGUUACCAGCACCCGUCCCCGCCUGCCAUCUCCAGACACAGUGUGACUGCACCCUGGCCAGUGAGGGUAUGGCCCGUGCUGGGGUCACCCUCGGCUCCUGCUUGUACCCCCUCAUGGAGCAGCCUCAAUCUUGUUACUCCCUGGAACCCUUUUUUCAUUGUUACUUUACUUGUUGAGGACUGAGGCCUCUGUCUAGGAAAACACAGAUUAUAAAGUGAUGUUGGAGUUUGACAGUCUUGUACAUUCCAGUAAGCGGGUGGGGUGUUUUGCAAGGGUUAAGCUAAUGAAUGAAUAUAAGGCAAUCAAUAUGUACACGGGGAUUUAUUUUUUCUUUUCACAGUAACAUUUUAGCUAUACAGUGUUUGUGGCAUGUAUGUGGUGUUUCUUCAGUGAAGUAGGAAAAAAGUGGCUAUUUCAUACAAAUCAUUAACUCCUUGAAACUUUUAAUUUAUUUUAGAAUUCAGAUAUGCCUGCUCAUUCAGAUACUUAUUUUUGCCUUUUCAAUGCUGUUUGAAUUUUUAAACAGAUUUAUUCCCAUUGCCAUGGAGAAGAUUUUUCGAAAUACCUGUCUUGGAUCAGAGAGAUGUAUAAAGCAAAAAUACUUGUGUUCCUUGCUGCCACGAUCUAGAAAAGAGGCCACUGCUUUAAACUGCAGUUAAUUAACAGUUAUUGUGGAUGUUAACUAGCAAAUGCAAAGAGUUGAAGUACAGCUAGAAUGGCACCUGUGUCCCAAAAGCACUAGAGGUUAUACCAAAAAGUAAUUGGAAAUGUAGUUUCUCAGUAGUUCAAUAUCUCUACUAUUAAAUGAAAAAAAGUGAAAGGAGUUGAGUAAGUGGAGCAUUUGCCAGAAGAAAAGGGAAGUUUUAAAAUAGGAAGCUCUACAACCUGUCAAAACAAGGUGAGACACAAGAAGAUGUGGAAUUGAGUGUCAGGUGGCAGUGAGAGGAGUUCAGAGCCAUUUCGGAGUCUGUACUCUCAAGAACGUCCUACAAGAGGUCUGGUGUACACAGGCCUUGACAGAGGUGGAAACUGGCAAUGUAUUUUUUAAUAAAAUCUUGAGUUGAAAUAGGCAUAUGCCAAAUUUAAGAAUUUUCAUAUUUGCCUCAGCUUUUAGUUACUUCCUAU